AUGGAAACAGGCGUGUGGAUGCUAGUGGUGGAAAACAGUGAGGGAAAUGGAGACAAUCCGUGGCAGAGGACGGGCGCCGCCGCCGCGGACAUGGACGAGAUGGUGGCUGCCAUGGUGCUGACGAGCUUGUCCUGCAGCCCGGUGCUGCAGAGCCCCCCGGCCGGCGACAGCGGCGGCCCCCCGUCGCGGGCGCCCUGCGACCCCUGGAAGGAGAGCGGCGACGUGUCGGACAGCGGCAGCAGCACCACGAGCGGGCACUGGAGCGGCGGCAGCAGCGACGCGUCGGGCGCCGGCGGCAGCCCCAAGCACUCGAGCGAGGCGCCGGGCUCGCCGCCCCGCGACGACGGCUUCGACACCGACUGCGACCCGCUGCUGCUCGCCGAGCCCGCGCCGCGCAAGAGGAAGAACUCGCUCAGGGUGCUCUACAAGUGCCUGUGGCCCGGCUGCGGCAAGGUGCUGCGCUCCAUCGUCGGCAUCAAGCGGCACGUGAGGACCCAGCACCUCGGUGACGGCGCCGACUCGGAGCAGCGCAAGCGGGAGGAGGACUUCUACUACACGGAAAUGCAGGUGAAGGAAGAGGCCGCUGUGGAGCCGACCGCCAGCCCCACGUCGCCGUCGGCCCCCGCCGGCCUGCAGGGCAAGCUGGAGGUGCCGCUGCCGGAGGCGCCGCUGCCGGAGGUGCCGGGCAGCGCGCUCAGCCAGUCGGCGCCCAGCUCCUUCUGGCACAUCCAGGCGGAUCACGCCUACCAGGCCUUGCCCUCCAUCCAGAUCCCGGUGUCCCCGCACAUCUUCACCAGCAUCAGCUGGGCCACGGCCACCUCGACGCUCCCGUCCCUGUCGCCGGUUCGGAGCCGCUCGCUGAGCUUCAGCGAGCCCCAGCCAGCGACACCGCUGCUCAAGUCCCACCUGAUCGUCACGUCCCCACCCAGGGUGUCCCUCGGCGCCAGGAAAGUCCGCGGAGAAGCCAAGAAGUGCCGCAAGGUCUACGGCAUCGAGCACCGGGACCAGUGGUGCACGGCGUGCCGGUGGAAAAAGGCUUGCCAGCGAUUCCUGGACUGAGCCCACGGGGCGCCGCGCCGCUCCCGCUGCCAGCGCCCACGGAGCGCCCGCGCCGGCAGCACCGCAGCYGGGACCUCGCCGGUGUCCCCUGCGACACCAGAAGGGACCUCAAGAGCCGCCUGUAAAUCCCCCCCCUUCUGUAUAUUGUACAUCUGCUGGGUUGGUUCUUUACCUUUUUACCUUUUUCCAGAUUUUUUUUUUUAACCAGAAUGAUGAAAAUCUCCCUUUUUACCAUAAAAACAGGGAGGGGGCAACGUGCGGGAGGAAGCUGGUUGUUUGGUGCUCAGGAGAGCUUAGGUGUGAUCUUGGGACCAAAGAGCUUCCCGAUUUUUCCCAGAUCACCGCUAAGAAUCGCCUGGAUUUCCUAGGAUGAGGYGCCGAGGCAGCUUUCCCUGGCCCUACCUAGAAAGUGCAAAUCCCUUACGGGACAGCACUGGUAACGUGCAGAGCUUUAAAACAAAAACGGGCAGGUUGUUGCUAGCAGCACACAGAUGAUCCUGACGGCAGGAAUGGGAGCUCUAGGCUCAUGUCCCACGGUCCUCACUGCGUCUUUUGGAGCUAGGCUAAACCAAAAUAACUGUUAAAAAGCAUACAGUUCUUUUUCCCUAAGCGGGUCAAAGCGGCCCCAAUUCAGCCACACUGAAAUAUUUGCUUUUAGAGCCUCUGGAGCCCUGCAGGACAUGAGCACAUCUGCUAAAAGGACCUGCUUAUGCUGCGGAAGAGACGUGCCAGAAAACCCUGGAGUGCAAAAGCAGCCCUGGGAGAUGCCUCGGUUUUCCAACUUUUUAAAAAAUUAUUAUUUUAAUAUUUGUAUUUGCASUCUUGCAACUGCCCUGACUGUCAGUCAUCGUAGCAGUUGUCUCUAUGCAGGUGUCUCCUCGUAUCUCGUCUCCGCCGCAUCUUCCUGGGUAUUGCACAGGUUUUACCCCCAAAUCAGCCACCGAUUGGGUGGAAAACACCCUAUUUGCCUUUUUUUCCCCCCCACUUUUUUCCGUCUGUGUCAGUGGAGGGUUGGAUUUCCCGUCGUCUUUCUCAAUGGCCAUAAAAUACAACCGAGAGCGGGUGCCUGCAGCCAGCUGGAGCCUGGUUGUGGAYCACACAAUUAAUCUAAAAUAGUAAAAAAACUCAAAUAAUGGGGYUGGGAGAGUAUUAUUACUACUUCUAAAAUUCUCCUGGGUCAACAGGAGUUCUGCCACUAAAGGGGGCAGGCAAAGCAGGUUUAUAUAUAGAUAUAUUACAGGUGCUUGUUGACUUUUUUGUUCUAUUUGUAAUUUUGUCCAUGUGAGCAGUGUGUUGGUUCAGAACCCGACCUUUCUUCCACACCAAACUGGCAGAUGCACAUUGGAAAGCAAGGAGAGAAAAGCAAAGCAGUGCRGUGCCUGCCCUGCGAGCAACACGCCAGGGAGCCUGGUAGGAAAGAGCUGGAAAUUAGGCCGUAGAAAGACAAAAUUCUCUCCUUCUGGGCUGCUUUUGCUCACUGCUUGUGUGGUGGGUGAUGGUCAGUGAUUGCAUUAUUCCAGAAUGGGUGUAAAUUCCCAUAGGUUGGGGAUGAAGGCAAUCAGGAAAGUUCUGCUCGGUGCCUCUCUGUGUGUUUGCUUCCCAAAUAUUCUUCCUAAUUAAAGCUUGGAGCUGUGCAUGGAGCAGGGAAAUAGGGGAGAGAAAGGGAACAAAAUCAUUCGUGUUGUCCUCAGACUUUGUGCCUUUGCUCCUCCCGACCUGUCAGGACACGGGACAGACUGGAGGCUUUUGCUUUGCCCUUUCUGUGCCGUUUUUGCCCCAAAGCAGGAUGAAGGCGACUCCGACCUGGUGGGCUGUCGUCCCUUCCCAAUGCAGCUCUCCUCSGCUUUCCCCUCUUCCUUGCUUCCAUCCUGCUGCUCCCAAGGGUGAGAGCUCAGGAAACUUAAAACAAGCUAUGGGGAGUCGCAGGCAGCUCUUGGUGACAAUCCCAGGAGCCUCGGGAAGGGUUUUAUCCCUGGGAAAGCAGAGUGUCGCAUUGGACAAUCUGGCACCAGCAMCCCAAGCCCUUCCCGUCUCCCACCAAAAUCGUAUUUUUUUUCACUGACAGAAGACCAGAAGAUUACGCUUUAUGUUAAACAUGAUUAAAAUUAAAAAACAAAAAUGAGGUAGGGGGAGAAAAAGGAAGAUUUAAAUAAGUUGGGAAUAAGGGUCAAUGCCAGUUGAGCCAGAGCUCUGGCUGCAUCCUGGAAAGCCGGUCCCGCUCCGGGGGCUCGUGUCCCUCUUGCAGUGCCCCGUCCCCCCUGGCUGCCCUUAACGUGCAGCCACAUCCGGGGGUUUUUCCCCUUGGGAAUAUUUUGUAUCUGGUUGUUUUGGGACUGGUUCAAGGAUGGGCCRGGACAUCCCUGCAGCUUCUCUUCCCACGGGCUUUUUUGCCGACAAAACCGUCCCGACGCUCGUGGCUCUCCUGCUUUUUUUGUGACAUUUACCUUUUUUUACAGGGGAACUGGUAAAGGCUAUUGGAGAGUAUUUUUAUUUUUUACAUUUAGGGAAAAAAAAUAAUAUUUUUGCAGGAAUGACAGCAGACUUCUACAGUGUCCAUCUGAUUUGGUGGCAUUUGGCUUCCCUCACCCCCUCCCUUAUCUUUACUAUUAUUUUUAACCUUGCUUCCAAGCAGAUCCUGACCAUUUGAC